AUGGCUGUCUCUACAAUGGCUCUUUCUUCUCCAUCAUUCGCCGGAAAGGCUGUGAAGCUCUCACCGUCUACCCCCGAGAUUACCGGCAAUGGAAGAGUCUCGAUGAGGAAAACUGUCACUAAGCCAGUUUCGUCUGGUAGCCCAUGGUACGGUCCCGACCGUGUUAAAUACUUGGGACCAUUCUCCGGUGAGCCCCCGAGCUACUUGACCGGCGAGUUCCCUGGUGACUACGGUUGGGACACUGCUGGGCUCUCAGCUGACCCAGAAACUUUCGCCAAGAACCGUGAGCUUGAGGUGAUCCACUGCAGGUGGGCCAUGCUAGGAGCUCUUGGAUGUGUCUUCCCUGAGCUCUUGGCACGCAACGGUGUCAAAUUUGGUGAGGCUGUAUGGUUUAAGGCUGGAUCUCAGAUCUUUAGCGAAGGUGGACUUGACUAUUUGGGUAAUCCUAGCUUGAUCCAUGCUCAGAGCAUCUUGGCCAUUUGGGCUUGCCAAGUCAUCUUGAUGGGAGCUGUUGAGGGCUACCGUGUUGCUGGAGGGCCACUAGGUGAGGUAGUAGACCCACUUUACCCCGGUGGAAGUUUCGACCCGUUGGGUCUUGCUGAUGACCCAGAGGCUUUCGCAGAGCUUAAGGUGAAGGAAAUCAAGAACGGCAGGUUGGCCAUGUUCUCCAUGUUCGGGUUCUUUGUUCAGGCCAUUGUAACCGGAAAAGGCCCGUUAGAGAACCUUGCCGACCACCUUGCAGACCCUGUCAACAACAAUGCAUGGGCCUAUGCCACAAACUUUGUUCCCGGAAAGUGA